GGGACCACAUUCAUUUUUUCAAAUUCUGUCAGCAAUAAAGCUGCUGUAAUCAGAUGCCCUUUGUAGUUCAAGCUUAACAUACCAAUCCUAACGACUUUGCGUUUCUUUCUCAUCACAAAUUCACAAUGCCUUCGCUAUUUCUGCCUGACGAGGUGCUCAUGCAAAUCCUCGUCGAAUCCGUGAGAAUACGAACCAUCAAGCGUGCGUUGAGAUUACGGCUUGUGUCACGAAGAUUCUCUCGCAUGACUUGCGAGGCUAUAUUUGAGUCAGGCCUGAUUGAGAUGGGUGGCCUCCAGGGCCCUAGCUACUACACAGGCACACGGUACACACGUAUACAUUACUCUUACACAUCCACAGACUUCCUUCAGCGGUACCUAGUCUACAAGUGCACAAGACUUCAUGACAAAUCUCCUCAAUUCUUCUGGGCAAUCCGCCAGGUUGUUGAGUAUAUCUGGAGAUACCGACACCCAGACUCACCAUUAGACCGGCAAAAUAUGGAACUCUUGCUCUCUCGAAUUGCUUUUUUGUCUGUUCGGGGUCGUCAUUUCGAUCGGCACUUGAGAUGCCUUGUGGAAGAUGAGGAGCCGAGGGGCCCUAUUCAGGACCCAAGCAAAGACAUGAAUUACAUGCUUCUGAGUGCUGCUGCGUACAUAGGCGAUCCCGAGUUAGUCGAAAAGCUGCUCACCGAAGACGAGAAACGUCCUCGGUUAGAAAGGCUGUGUUAUUCUAGCUCGGUUGAUAACUGCUUCGAUUUCCUCACUCCCUACCAGGCAGCAGCUCACGCAGGCCAUGUCAACAUCAUAAAAGCACUUGAGCCGAGAGUACGUGUAGGACGCAAAUCAUUCUCCAUAGCCAGGUAUGCUGCUGAGGCCGGGCACGCCCAUAUCAUAGAUCUCGCCUUCCCACCCAAUGUUCCUCUUACAGGACCUUCCAGAAUCGAUACGUCCCAAGUUCUCCACGCCGCUUGUAAAGCACUCUCAAAUCUCAGUUCUGAGAGGUUGUUCAUCAUAUAUCAUCAAAAAUGGACACGACUCCUGGCACGUCUCCGGUCUGGAGCGCAUCGCAUCAACAACUCUUGGGCAUACGACGAGCUUGAGUUUAGAGCCUCCGCAGGCUCUUUAGGUAUUCUAAGAUACCUGUUAACGUUUGGCAUCCAGUGCAACCCCUCAGAGCACUCAUCUAAGACAAUGUCCCUAGAUUGGUGCCUCGUUAGAGAAUACUCAGGGAUUUUGGAUCAUACACAUCUCUCAAGACUCGCCGUGCUAGCAGCUCAAUCCGGCCAUAUCAACGUCGUGAGUCUCUUGCUAGACCUAGGUGCAGAUGCAAACAAGGCGAUCCCUGCCGCAUGCGGGUCAGGUUCUAUAUCACUGGUGGGAUUUCUUAUCGAUUCCUUUGACAAACCUCCCUGUAGAGAGUCUAUGCAAGAAGGAUUUCUGAGUGCAGUCGCAUGUGAAGAUCACGCUAUGAUCCACUACUUACUUGAUCGUGGGCUGGAGCUUGACCAUAAAUCAAGAACUCUUGCUCUGGAUAUAGCCAAGAAAGAAGGCUUGGAAUCAAUGGUUCAUUUAAUUGAACAAAUAUAAGCACUUAACGGCAGAUCAGGGGUACACAAUUCAAUUAUUUUCCUACAGUGGUCCUCAUCAUACUGGAAUAUAUUUACACUGAGGCUACAAAGCUUACAGUAUCUCAUCGCUAUCUCUAGUGGCCGAUCCAUAGUCUCCUUGAUUGGGCAUCCUCACGAUCGUAUGCGUAUGGAACUUCUGCGGCUCCUCGUUGUUCAGAAAUACUCCGCUAUGGUGGUCGAACUCGAAAAUAACGACUGGACUUUGUAACCUAAAAUAAUACGCGUCCUCGUCUCCAUAUCCACC